AUGGCCAAGGUAGCGUCCUCGGGAGCAGAAGAAGCAUUAGCAAAUGUAGAUGCACCUCCCAAAAAGAAUGUACGGAAAGCCGAAGCCUUCGUCAUGUCAGGAGACGUGCUCAUUUCCCUCAACAGAAAUGUGUCAAGCACUUACGCGAAGUUGCUCGGCGACCAACUGCCACCAGGAACCGCCAUCGCGUCGAGUGCACCUCCACAACAGCUGACGCGAGCGUCCGCAUCAGUGGGCGUCGCGUUCCCGUCCAUGCAGCGAACUGGGAGUACUGGAAGCGGUGGAUCAAAAAUAUCACGUCUUCCAGUCUCCACAAGCCAUAUUGAUCGACGUGGGAAUUUGGCUCGUAAAUCGUCAGAAGAUUCACCGACAGCAAUCAGAAUGCACAAAACUGCUCCGAUUGAGAGGAUGGAGAGUACAGAUGUCGAAGAGGAGAGUUCUGAAGAAGUGAUGGUGACGAUGACCACAGAGGAGAAGGAGAACGAGAGUGAAAGAUCCAUAGAUCGGGAUGAGCAAUUUAUCGGUAGGUUUUUUGGUGUGAAAAUGAAAAAAGAGAAAACACAUCUGGAUUUAAUUCUGCCUUUUCCUCUUCUUCCUAAACACUUCUAUUAUCCAAAAACUGUCAUAACAAUUAUCUCCAUUGUCACCACCGAGGAAAUGAAAUCUCCGAACGAGGAGAUCGUAAACAAGAGCCUUCGGAGCGCCAUGUUCACGAUGCCUCCCAGUGGAAGUAACAACAAUAUCCACCAUCACUCUUACAAUUCUUCUCCGCAAAUUUCGGCCGAGCCAGACCAUAUCAUAGGUGCCAAUGGAGAUGGUCCUCCAGGAUCUCCAGUAUACGACGACGUUGAUGAGUUAGAUGGAUCGGAUAUUAGAGACUUUUCAAAAGUAUCAAAAAACGAUUACGAUACACCAUCGAAGCGAUCUGUUGUCACUAUCGAUGCUCCUCAUUCUUCCUUUGACGAAAUGACGCAUGCUUACUAUAGUGCUAUUGAGGCCACUCCGAAACACAGCUCAAUAGCCUCCCCUUCACUCAGAAAGCAAGUAUUUGGGAAAGUUCCACAGUAUGCACAGCCAACAAGCAGUUCAGCAUCAGCUAGCCCCUCUCUUCAUGCCGCAUCUGAAAAGCGUGGCCCUGCUUCGUCAAUUCAAUCAGAUAGCAGCUCGGCGUUUGUUGUGAAUCAGGUAGCGAGUACAUCUAUGAGUUCGGUAGGAGGAGAGCGAGAGGCUUCGCAAAUUGCCAGAAAACUAUAUGAGCUGAAGACGUGCACAUCGAGUGAUGUAGCGGAUCGCUUGAAUGAACAAAACGAUUUUGCAUUCUUGAUCCUAGUGAAAUAUCUCGAGUUGUUCCAAUUCUCUACUACACGAAUCGAUGCAGCUCUCCGUGAAUUCCUCAGCCGUGUGGAACUUCGUGGCGAGUCUUCAGCUAGAGAACGUCUUCUUCGUGUAUUCUCAGCGAGAUACCUUGAAUGUAAUCCAUCGAUUUUUGAAAGCCUUGACGAAGUGCACACGUUGACAUGCGCCCUUUUGCUUCUCAACUCGGAUCUUCAUGGCCCAAACACUGGAAAGAAGAUGACUUCUCGUGACUUCAUCACGAAUAUAGGACAUACCGGGUGUACCUACAAACGGGAGAUGUUAAAGACAUUGUAUCAAAGCAUAAAGGACAAUGCGAUUUCUCUCCAACACUCCGCAAAGAGCUCGACAGCAAACGGAUCUGCUGCUUCAAAUGUCAAGCAACAACGUGUCUAUGAAGUGGACCCAGAAUCAAUUGUAGAAUAUCACAGUUCGUUUUUGAUGAGAAAGUAUGUCAGAGAAGCGGAUGGAGCUAGAACGCCAUUCGGUCGUCGCAGCUGGAAAAUGGUAUUCGCUCGUUUGCGCGGUCUCGUCCUCUAUUUCGAUGCAGAUGAACAUCCGAAAGCGACAAGUCGAUACGCUUCACUUGAAAACGCUGUGUCCCUACACCACGCUCUUGCCGAACCCGCCACCGAUUAUAAGAAGAAAUCGUAUGCCUUCAGAGUUCGUAUAGCUCAUGGAGGAGAGAUUCUGUUUCAAACCAGCAACGAGCGAGAUUUGAAUGAGUGGUGUGCAAAAAUAAACUUUGUCGCCGCCGCCUUCUCAUCCCCAACUCUUCCGCUACCAAUAACUGCUAAGCCCGAAACCGCCCCAAUGCCACGUCUUUCACGGCUUCCAUGUUUGGCUCCAAUCACCAAACAAGUCAGAACACAUCAAGCGAGAGUGGCCGAGUUAAGUGAGAUGAUUGAAGUUGUACUACAAUCCCUCUACCCCGAGCGGCCGCAACCCCAAAUCACAGAUAGAUUAGUUCUUUUAGGCUUUGAGAAACGCCGCUACACAACCUACAUCAACGUACUCCAACAGAGUCUCGUCGAUCGCAAAGCAUCUUCCAACACGAUGAACAUCGUCACGUCUCCCAAACACAAAUCCCACCAGAAUAAGUCUACAGUCUGUGAAGAUCGUCUGAGCUACACCGACGCUGUAAAUGGAUGUCACUGA